AUGGGUUUCCCAGCGCCGCUUUUUGGCAGGAGGAGGGAAACCAACCCUGACAUGAAGGCAGCUCUCGCCCUGCUGCUGCUUUUAGCCACUGCACGUGCCGAGCACCGAGGUAAAGCUUAUGUCCGGGACAAAGUCUGCCAGGAGUUCCAGGCCCUGGGGAAGGAGGACUUCCGAACCCUGACCAUUAUCGCCAACAGCAGGAAAUUCUCCAAUGCCACCUUCGAGGAGAUCAGCCACCUCGUCCACGAAAUCGUCUCCCUGGCUGAAACCUGCUGCGUCGAAGGUGCCGACCCCUCCUGCUACGAUGCCGGGUCCUCAGCUCUGUCGGCCAAAUCCUGCGGGGCAGGCUCGCCCUUCCCGGCCCACCCCGGCACGGCCGGCUGCUGCGCCCAGGAGGGGCUGGAGCAGAAGCUGUGCCUGGCCGCCCUGCGGCACCCGCCCCAGCAGCUGCCCCGCUACCUCCAGCCCUCCAACGAAGAGCUCUGCCAGGCCUUCAAGAAGGACCCUAAGGACUUUGCAGACAGGUUUCUGCACGAGUACGCCAGCAGCUAUGGCCAGGCACCCCUGCCCGUGCUCCUGGGCUCCACCAGGACCUUCCUCUCCAUGGUUUCCACCUGCUGCAUCUCCCCUGCGCCCACCUCCUGCUUCCUGAAGGAGAAACUUGAAAGGAAAACCCUCUCCCUCCUCACCCUGUUGUCAAACCGGGUUUGCUCCCGCUUCACGGCGUACGGGAAGGAGAAAGUCACCUUCAGCUACCUCGCCUCGCUUGCUCAGAAGAUGCCCGGUGCUUCCUUCGAGGACCUUUUCCCCCUGGCAGAAGAUGCUGCCGAGGUGUUUUCCCAGUGCUGUGACUCGGUGGCCGAGGACUGCAUGCAGAAGAAGUUAUCGGAGCACACGGCCAAAGCCUGCGGCGCGCUGGUGGCCCGAGAUGAGAGGUUUGCUGACUGCUGCAAUGGGAAAAACCUCAUGCAGAGCUAUUUCUGCAUCUUGGCCUUGCCACCGGCGCCUGCCCCCAAACUGCCGGAGGCGCAGAAGCCGACGAACGAGCAGCUCUGCGGCGAGGAGGGGGCUCGCCAUGCCAAGAGGUACCUGUUUGAGCUGGCGCGGAGGCACACCACCGUCCCCGACGCCUUUCUCGGCAAGCUAUAUGACGCCUCCGAAAAAGUCAGGGUGGAGUGCUGCUCUGCCAAGGACUCCUCCGCCUGCCUGGACAGCAAGCGCCAGCAGAUGGGAGAAGAGCUGCACCCCUUCCUGGAAAAGGCCAACCAGCUCUGCGGGCAGUACACCAAGUUAAAUUUCCUCGACUUCAAGAAGAGGCUGCGGGAGAGCUUGAUGCAGACGAUGCCAAAGGCCAGCCCCGAGCUGCUGGGGCAGCUGGUGGAGCAGCGAGCCGACUUCGCCUCCACCUGCUGCCCCCCCAACUCGCCCCCCCUCUACUGCGCCGCCAAGAUGCACCCGUCCAAGCCCCGCAGCCCCGACCAGGGGGUUUCCGUCUGCCCAACAGCAGGUGUGGGGCUGCUGAACCCCAUCGUGCUGAUGGGUAUCAGGGGGACACCCUGA